AUGACUGAUGAAGUCUGUGAUGUUAUUAUCAGUGGCUAUGGUCCUGUUGGUGUGAUUACUGCUAAUCUGUUGGGUAGAUAUGGUCUAAGUGUCAAAGUAUUUGAAAGGGAUUGGGAUGUAUAUAACCUUGGACCAAGGGCAGUCGCAAUUGAUUCUGAGUGUACCAGAAUAUUUGGUAUGUUUGAUCUGGAUACUUGGUUGGACAAUCAUGUUAUAAAGACAGGUAUUGGGAUAACCACUGAUGCGCCCCCGAGAGGCACCAUCUUGGUCAAUGGAACAAGUGAAAAUAAAAGAAUCACAGAGGAAGAUCGAAAGCAAUAUGGUUAUCAAAGAUUAUCUUUUUUCAACCAGCCAUUGGUGGAGAGAAGACUCAGAGAACAUAUUAAAGAGUGCCCUAAUGUAAAAGUAUUCUUGGGUCAUGAGAUUGUCAAUGAUCAACACGUUAACGAGAAUCAAGUUGAAGUGCAAGUUAGAAAAGUUGAAGAUGAUACAGUGGAAAAACACACAUGUAAAUAUCUACUAGUAUGUGAAGGUGGACGAAGUGAAACAAGAAAACGACAUGGACUCAAAUACAUUGGAAGUUCAUAUAAGGAGCGGUGGCUUGUGUUAGAUACAACACACAAUGACCAAAAGCUUAAAGAACGACUCAAGAACUUCUGGUUUGUAACCAACAGUCAACGUGUUUUAGUGCUUGUACCUUUACCUGACAAUACACAGAGAUUUGAAUAUCUGCUAAAUGAUGAUGAAGACUCCGAAAAGUCAUGUGAGGAGAAGGAAACAUCAAAGUUCUUUAAAAGCAUUGAAGUAGAUCCAUCAAAACUCAAGUUCAAAAGAAGAAUUGUCUACACAUUCCAUGCCAGGCAGAUUGAACACUGGACUGAUGGUAAUGUAAUAUUUCUUGGUGAUGCUGCGCAUUGUACGCCACCAUUCAGAGGACAGGGUUUAUGCACUGGAAUCAAAGAUGCGGCCAAUCUGGCAUGGAAACUAACAUUAGCAGUCAAAGGAAAUCUAUCUACUGUGCAGUCAUCUAAACCCAUGCAUAGGGUAGAGAUCGAUGGACAAAAUUUACUACAAUCUUUUGAAAGAGAGCGAUGUGACGAUGUCUGGAUUAUGACAAUGCAUGCUAUCACAAUUGGAAAACUGUUGACACUUAGGAAUCCAUUGUUGGUAUUUCUACGUAAUGUUAUAGUAUGGGCGGUGUUCCAUGCACCGAUUACAAGGCAGUUAAUUGAAAAAGAUCAGAUAAAACCAUGUUUUCAAAUAAGUGAAGGUAUACUGGAUGGAAAAUCAAGCUGUACUGGAUCAAUGUUUCCACAACCCAAGGUAUUCUUAUAUGCAAAUAACCAAUCAGUACUGUUAGAUAAAGUGUUAGGCAAUGGAUUUUCUGUAUUAAUGUACAAUAGAUCUUUACAAAUUGAUGUUGGAAUACACAGUGCUAUUUUACAACCAUUGAAUGCUAAAUUAAUAUGUGUGUAUAGCGAUGAAAUUUCAGCUAGGAGAAAGGUCAAGUUAGCAAGUUCUACUGUAAUAGAUGUGGUAGAUACAAGUGGUGAACUUGGUACAUGGUUUGGCAAGUACAGAUCUGAUGCUGUAAUAGUAAGACCGGACAGGAUAAUAUUUGGUCAUUGCAAAGCUGAGAAUAUCAACUACUUGAUAGAAGAUCUUGGUCACAUGAUAUCAGGCAAGAAACCAUGGGGUAUAUACUGGUGGAUUGAAACCAAACAAACCAUUAUCAGAUUAAUCUUUGCUGCAUUGAUAGUUGUUGUAUUCAUAAUUAUCAGUAAAAUGUUCAUGUGA